CGGUGGAGUGGGCGGGACCUCUCCAUUAACCGCUACUAGCUUCUGUUGGGCUAGCUCUCUGCUCUGUUUCUCUGCCUGUCCUCCCGAACUUUGGACCGGAACCGGGUUUAGAUGGCCGCUGCCGCCCUGAAGAGCUGCUCUGCGUUGCGCUUUGCUAAACUAAACAGUUUGCUCAGGUCCAGUGUUCCCAGUCUGACAUUCCAGACCACGGCGUCUCCUAUGAUGGGUGCGACGGUGGAGCAGUUCGAACAGGCGAAGAGCAAACUGUCGGCGCUGAAGAAGGAUCCGGGGAACGAGCUCAAGCUGAAGAUCUACGCUCUGUUCAAACAGGCCACUCAGGGUCCCUGCAACACUCCUAAACCAGGAAUGCUGGACUUUGUGAACAAGGUCAAAUGGGAUGCGUGGAAAUCUCUGGGCUCCAUCUCUCAGGAUGAAGCCAGGGAGCAGUACUGCAACCUGAUUGGCUCCCUGGUGGAGGCAGAGGGAGGAAGCUCUGCCCAGGUCGCUGCAACGCCGGCUGGGGGCGGAGCCACAUACGAGACACUGUUGGUCUCUACGGAGGACGACAUCACCACCAUCAAACUGAACCGACCGGCCAAGAAGAACGCCAUCACACCUGAGAUGUACAACGAGAUCAUAGCAGCUCUGGAGCAGGCAGCUAAAGACGAGUCAAAGUUCGCUGUGUUCACAGGAGCUGGAGACUUUUACUGCAGCGGGAACGACCUGUCCAACUUCACCAAGAUCUCAGAGGGAGGCGUCCAGGAGAUGGCCAGGCAGGGAGCAGAGCUGCUCAGGAAGUACGUCAGGGCGUACAUCGACUUCCCCAAGCCUCUGGUUGCCGUGGUGAACGGCCCGGCCGUAGGGAUCUCUGUCACCGUGUUGGGACUCUUUGACCUGAUCUACGCCACAGAGCGGGCCACCUUCCACACGCCCUUCACCCAGCUGGGUCAGAGCGCCGAGGGCUGCUCCUCCUACACCUUCCCCAGGAUAAUGGGCCCCACCAAGGCCAGUGAAAUGCUGCUGUUCAACAAGAAGCUGACGGCCAGCCGGGCCUGUGAACUGGGUCUGAUCACAGAGGUCUUCCCCGACAGCAGCUUCCAGUCCGAGGUCCAGACCCGGCUCAAGGCCUACGCCCGGCUGCCUCCCCAGUCCCUGGCGCUGUCCAAACAGCUGGUCCGGUCCGUGGACAAGGAACGUCUCUACGCCGUCAACGACGCUGAGGUGGAGCGGCUGACGGAGCGCUGGACCUCAGAGGAAUGCUUCAACGCCGUCAUGAGCUUCUUCCAGGCCAAAGCCAAACUGUGAGGGACCGGCAGAACCCGGCCGGUUCUGGGAGGAAGAGGAAGAGCUGAUGAUGACUCAUCUUCAUCCUGUAGAUUUUUCCUUCUGACUUCAUUUACUACCAGUUUGGAUUUAACCUCAGAGACUCUGAUUGGUUCCUCUGGAUUCUCCUCUGAACUCAGAGACCAGCUGCUGCUCCAGGUUCUGAUCCGGAACCACAGGUUGGGUCGGAUGGAAAUUAACCGGUUCUGGAAACAUCUAAAGUCUGGACUGGAGUUAAAACACUUUGAUGAUUUUAAACUUUUUCAGAGUUGAUCAACUCUGAGUUUAACCUCAAGUUUAUCUCUGAUAACAGAUCAAUAAAUGAUUAAUAAAUAAA